CAAUCAACACCAUAAAGUUGAUAACAUCUACAAUAAAACGUCAUCCGAUAUGUCUGGUAACGCCUUCACCUCCUUCAUGAAGCACCGCCCUGCUGAGAUUUUCCCAGUCAUCGCCGUAACUGGAUUUGCUGUUGCGCUUUGUGUUGGUUCUGUGAUUCGCACGUGGGGACCUGCUCGCGCACAGUGGACUGUUGCUGGCAGACACCCCGAGCUCAGGAUUGACGAAGGUCAGCAAACAAAACUUAUGGCUGUGAAUCAAAAAUAUGAGAAGUAGAUUGGUUUGAGGGAAUACGCAAGGAGCGACUUUCUUCAAAACUAUGCGUGAAUACAAUCAAACUGCUCCUUCUUGAUCAUUUGAAGCAUACGCGAGAAUGAACAGAUAAAUAUAUGAUCAUACCAAGAUACAAUACUUCCACGCUAAUCUUGAUUAUGCUGGAAAAAAGGCCAAGCUUCAUGCGCUCAAUAGGAAAGGAAUUAAAAAUAAUUAUUCAUCUAUUUAUUUCCUAUGUUCACGGCGAACAGAUUUACAGCAGUAGAUGGAAAAACAGUACAUCGAUGCCAAGUGCACAGGAAUGUGAGUGUUAGCAGUUCCACUGUAAAUUGUUCAUUGAGUGUCGAGUAGUACUGGUAUUCAUGAAAUUUAUUGGCGUCCAUGCCGAAAAAUCAUAGAUCGUACAUGAGACACUCCAAUGUCCAUAUAUAUUAAUGCAAAUUAUACGUCGGAAAGUUCUAACAACUCAAUUGUAGCGCACCACCAUUAUUGGGAUUCGAUACUAUCUAGAUUUCGCCCGUAUUACAUAAAUGCUAACCCAUUAUGAGGUAUUCGUAUUCUAGCAAGG